ACACUGAUGAAGAGAAACAAUAAUAAUGCACAUUCUGGAUAUUUACUAAGAAUUCGGAUUUUUAAGCAAGAAAUAAUUAUUUAAUUAAGCUGAAAUUAAUGCCAGUAGCCAUAUGUAAAUGGUCCAAUCCAUUCAUACGUUGAAUCCCAAAAUUAUAAAUUUUUUCUGGUUGUUCUUGUGAAUUGUUGUACAAGUGUAUUAGUAUUAGUCCCUGUAUACCGAAAAUCGUGAAACUUUGAGCAUAUGUACAUGCGUAUGCAUGAAAUGGUCCUUAGAAUUAAUCAAUUUACGAAUAAAUAGAUGGUUAAGAGGUGAAACGAUAUUUAAAAAAAUAAAAUAUCGAUUAGAGUGGUCAGGAAUACUUCUUUGCCUAAAAUAAGUGGUGCAGUGUUUUAAAGUGUAUGGUAAUGCGAAAAUGCGACGGUGUGCGUAGAGUGACAUAUACUCUUUACAGGUUGGGCUUCGUUUCGUUUCUGUUUGCCUUGAAUUGUAGUUGCAAUAAAUCAAAAGAUAUAUAUAUUUCUUAAGAACUGAAGCAUGGACUAAGUAAUUGAACACCGUUUUUUUUUACACCGGCAAGAAAACACGCCUUCGUUGUUCCAUGUAGAUUUAUGUAGAAUGCUGUCGACAACAAUGCCACCUAGCCCUGCUCAAGCACAGACACAAGCAAACGUUGAUGCUUCAACAAGUGCAUCCUCGGUUGGGAUCGGGAUUGGAUGCGCCACUGGGAACUCUCCGAAAAGUGAAUCCUUUUCUACUCGUUCGCCUGGUAAGGACCUAACGAAAUCAAUGUCAGACGAUGCGAGCGAGAAAAACGGAGUACCAAAGAAUGGGAAAGAUGGCAUCGGCGCAAGUGGAAUUGGAGGGGGUAACAGUAACUCUGGAACGGGCGCUGCCGAUGGACAACCAUCAUCUGCAGUUGGCGCUGUCAGUACACCAAUGCUGAGGCAAAACUCCUCGAGCACCAUAAACUCGUGUCUGGUUGCCUCUCCAAACAAUACCAGUGAGCACUCCAAUAGCAGCAAUGUAUCUGCGGUGGCUGCCCUUGCGCAAAUGGGUGAAAGCGAUCUUGUCCAGCAGCAGGAUGAGCAUUCGAAGAAGAAAAAGAUAAUUGUCAAGGAUGAAGAUGCGGAAAAAGCUUCCAAUAAAGCCAAGAGCUUAGGUUCUGGAGCUGGCUCAGGAUCGGGAUUGACUGCUACCCUUGCGAUCAAAGAAGAACCCGCCGACGUUUUAAAUAGUUUAGUGAAUGUCAAGAAAGAAGAGCACCAUUCACCAAACAUGUCACCUGUCGGGUUUGGUUCAAUUGGAGGCCCAUCUGGGAAUUUACAGGAGAGUGCGGUAACGACUGUUAAAAUGGAACUCAAUGUCGGAAGCAGCAGUUCCGAAAAAACGAACACGGCAUUGAGCACUGACGAAAUGGGAGGCAUGGGAGGCGUUGCAUGCAAUCAAUUAAGCACCGAUAGAAUGAGCGACACUACCAACAAUACGCCCGGCUCCAGCGGAGUGUCUUCAAAUAUGAGUGCUCCAAAUGCCACUGCAGGGGGAAAUUUAAUGACAGGAAAUGGAGGUAGCUCUAUCGGCGCGGGAGUGGGAAAUUGCUUGGAUUACAUGCAACAGCAGAAUCACAUAUUUGUAUUUUCCACACAGCUUGCAAACAAAGGCGCUGAAUCGGUUUUAAGCGGUCAAUUCCAAACUAUCAUUGCCUACCACUGCACUCAGCCAGCGACUAAAAGUUUUCUGGAGGACUUUUUCAUGAAAAAUCCAAUGAAAAUGAACAAAUUGCAGCGGCAAAGCUCGUUAGGAAUGCCUUGGAUGGGUAUUGUACCCGGAAUCGCUGCAACUGGUCCCAAUCUUGUAAAGUUAUCCCAGCAGUCGACGCCACAAUCAAAGUCGUCAGGCAGUCUCCAAAAGUCGCACACGCAGUUCAAUCAAGCUGAUAACUGCAAACGUAAUGCUAUGAAUGCUCCUAGCAACACUUUUUCUGAUCAGCCUGAUAAUUUGAAUGAGAACGAUCUAAUGUGCUGGGAGACCGGAGCGGGAGCGGGUGCUGGUGGCAGCCGGAGCGGCUCUGGACCCAACGGUCGUAAUAACAUAGAUAUCUGCAACGGACCCAAUGAGUCGCAAGCAAUAAAACUUUUGGAAGCUGCGGGUGUUGAGUUAGGGCAGGGAAAGUGUAACGAUUUGAACCUCAGCCAUGAGAAUAAUAUAAUUUCGCUGCAAGGGGUUAAAGUGCCAGAUGAAAACCUUACCCCGCAGCAGCGCCAGCAUCGGGAAGAGCAGCUUGCCAAGAUCAAGAAAAUGAAUCAAUUUCUCUUUCCAGAGAACGACAAUGCCAGUGGAGCAAAUGAAAUAAUGGGAAAUCAGUUGUCAAAGUUGCCAACCGACAUGAUUAUGAGCAUGCCUGGUGCAGGCAGUGCAGGAACUGGGCCCCCUAUUGUAAAUCCGCAAAUGCGUCACAUGCACAUGUCAGGAAACAUAAAGUCUGAACACAUAACGGGUUCAGGACUGUCAGAAGAAGUUCUGCUUCCUGCAGAUGUAAUGGCCGACAUGGGAUCUACGAUGAGCAGUAGCGGACAAAAACAUAGUCUGCAGUGCGGGCCAGCACCAGGAGCGACACCUGUAACUGCAGCAGGAUCGAUUAACGUUAACAUGCAAUGCCCAAACUCUGGAGCCACUAAUGGCAAUUUGAUGGCAAAUUCAUCGGAUUUGUUGAGUCCCUUUGGAAACCCGAACUGUGGAAUAGGAAUAAUAGGAAGUGGGCCAGAAAUGUUAAAAGGAAUGCCAAAUCAACUGCAAGAUGGUUUAUCUCAGGCGCCCCAUGCGGGAAUGGCCCAAAUGGAAUGGUCAAAAAUUCAACAGCAAUUUUUCGAAGAUCGCUUGAAAGGAGGAAAAGCCAGACCAGGUGCAGGACCUUCAGGACCUCUAGUAGCACAGCCACAUCAGCAGUCCGCCGGCUGCAAUCAGGUGCGCAACUCUCUCCAAGGGCCUCCGCCUCCAUAUCAUUCUACUCAGCGGUCGGCUUCCGUUCCUAUUGCCACUCAAUCUCCGAAUCCAUCAAGUCCAAAUAACCUAUCCCUGCCUUCUCCACGAACCACUGGUGCUGCUAUGGGAUUACCGGCCAAUUCACCCAGUAUGGAGGGUCCCGGAUUAGCGGCGGUAUCAAACACAACAUCUGCCGCUGUUGCAGCUGCGGCGGCUGCCACGUCGCAAGCAAACACAAUAUCGGUGCAUUCAGGGUCGAAGAACUGUUUUCAGACGGAGGCGGCCUCGCCGUCAAAUCUAAACUCCAAUCCCAAUCGAAAUCGAAGUAGCGGAACAUCAGGAGUGCUAAAUCAUCAUUUAAGCAGUAAUCCGAGCACCCCAUUAUCUCACCUAUCCCCGAAGGAACUGGACUCGUUUAACCAACCGAACUCUAAUUCUGGAGACAAUAUAAAAAAUAGACGACCUAGCCCACAUCGUCCACGUUCUCCAGGAACCUGUCUUAUAGAGGCAAAUAUGGAAACCCGAUUUGCAGCUUCUAGUCCUGGCGUGAGUUUUAAUCCACAUCCGCAUAUGCAAAGCAAUACAAAUACAGCAUUAAAUGCCUAUAAAGUGUCCUCCUCAAAUAUUGCAAUGGAGCGACAAAAUUCUGGACCUGGUGGUCAGGUGCAAUUUAAUCGGCGUUCUGAUAAUAUUCCACUGAAUCCAAACAGUGGUAAUCGCCCGCCCCCAAAUAAAAUGGCUCAGAACUUUGAUCCAAUAACUUCAUUAGCACAGAUGUCCCAGCAGCUAACCAGCUGUGUUUCCAGCAUGGGAAGUCCUGCCGGUGCUGGUGGGAUGAAUAUGAUGGGCGGAGCCGGACCAGCAACAGGGUCGGUUGAUAUGAAUAUUGAGCAUGGAAUAAUGUCCGGCAUAGAUUCAACUGGCAUGGAUGCCAUGAAUGCCCAAAACAGUUGUCAUCCCAUGAAUUCCUUGAUGAAUCCGAUGGGUCAGCGAAUGCUGAAUCCGAAAAUGUGCAUUCCAGGUGCUCCUCCAGGAUUUAACCCUAAUUCUCCGAAUGGUGCUAUGCGAGAUGGUUUAGGACCGGGCCCUGGCCCUGGUCUUGGCACUGGACCAAUUUCGUCCCAAGGUAAUGCACAGAAUUUCCAUGGGAUUCUACCACCAGGCGCGCGGUUAAUGGGUCGAAUGCCAGUCAAUUUUGGAUCGAACUUUAACCCAAAUAUACAGGUGAAGGCCAGUACACCGAAUACCAUACAGUACAUGCCAGUUCGUCCACAGAACGCAGCCAAUAACAAUAAUAAUGGAGUCAGCAAUGUUCGAAUGCCACCUAGCUUGGAGUUCUUGCAGAGAUACGCAAAUCCGCAAUUGGCUGCAGGUGGCAAUGGUCCACCGUCAAUCUGUCCCCCACUCGGAAGUGAUGGGGGAAUGAUGGUUGCACCUGGAGCAGGGCCCAUGCUUAUGAACACCUCCGCCGAACAGCAGCAGCUGCAGCAGCAAACAAAGAUGGCAAAUAAUCCAGGCAAUCCUGGGAACGGAAUGGGCUUUUUUCAAAAUUGUAAUCAACUAAGUGGCAUGGAUGAUGAGGGAGCUCUGGCGGGUCAUGAUAUGGGAAUAGGCAUUGGACAACAGACGAUGAUUCGCGGUAUGCGCCCACAUGGGAUGCGCCAACACGGAAUGGGUCCACGUUUACAAGCACCCGUCGGCAACUUGAUCAAUAGACAGCAGAUUCAGUUUGCACACACACCAGAUGGGCAGCUUGAUUGCGGUGGCGACCCCACUACAAUUUUUAAUAACGCUCCCUGUAAUAGUUCUGGACCCGGUCCCGGUUCUGGCAUGUUUUCAGCAUCACAACAAACCAAUCAGACAAAACAUCAGCACCUGAAGUCGAUGCCUAGUGGUAUGUGCCAAAAUCCAACGGGUGCCGGUGUCAGUGUUGGCUCUGCAGCGGGACAAGGGCAGGGACAGGUGCAGGGGCAGUCUGUCAUCGGGCCCAGCAACAAUAACAUAAUGUCAGCUGCCGGUAAUAGCACAUCCAAUGGCGCACCUGGGGUAAAUUUCGUUGGUCCCUCUUCAAACGAUCUAAAGUAUGCACAGCAAUAUCACAGCUUCCAGCAACAGCUUUACGCAACCAACACACGGAGUCAGCAACAACAGCAGAUGCAGCAGCAGCAGCAGGGCAACAUGAUUGCGAUGCCACCUAACUUGUCACCCAAUCCGGCAUUCUUUGUGAAUAAAUAAAACCUUGCCACUGCUACGAAACUGUC